GCCUGCAACAUGUCAGCCACCAUGAAGCAACGGGUCCAGAAAAAGAAAGAUGUGAAAACGGGAAAACUGACUGCACAAGACAACAGAGGGGAAGACACCCAUCUUGAAUCUCCAUGGACACCAAAGGGCUACACUGCUUUCAAGAUCCUCCUGUCUGCUCGUCUGUGUGCAGCGGUGUGGAACAUUGUUGGAGAUUGUGAUGAAACUUACAACUACUGGGAGCCGAUGCACUACCUGAUGUUUGGUAAAGGAUUCCAGACAUGGGAGUAUUCCCCUACAUAUGCAAUCCGCUCCUAUGCUUAUCUCUGGAUCCAUGCCUUACCAAUCUCCCUUUACAAAAUAUUAUUCAGCACAAACAAGAUCAUGCUGUUCUAUAUUCUACGCUGUGUUUUAGCAUUUGCCUGUGCUUUGUGUGAAAUUUAUUUCUACAAGGGUGUAUGUAAGCAGUUUGGAGCUAACACAGGAAGGAUAACUCUGGCGGUCUUGUUGCUCAGUGCUGGGAUGUUUAUUUCUUCCACGGCGUAUCUGCCCAGCAGUUUCUGUAUGUACAUGACCCUGCUAUCAAUGGGAGCCUGGUUUCUUGGCCAUCUACAGGUGGCCAUUUUGUCAACUGCAGCAAGUGCUAUAUUGGGAUGGCCUUUUGCAGGAAUUAUAGGAGUACCCAUAGCCCUGGACCUACUGCUGAGGAGAAGACACUAUGGUUUUUUCAUGAAGUGGUGUUUGGUGGCACUGGUCCUCUUCUUGGUUCCCAGCAUACAGGUGGACUUCCAUUACUAUGGGAAACUGCUGAUUGCUCCGCUGAACAUCGUCAUGUAUAAUGUGUUAACAGAGCACGGGCCUGACCUCUAUGGUGUGGAACCAUUUUCUUUCUACUUUCUGAAUGGAUUUUUGAACUUUAAUGUGAUGUUCAUUUUGGCUUUGCUCAGCUUACCCCUAGUUUACCUAGUCAAAUUUCUAUUGAAACUGGAAGAUAGAGACAAACCAACAUGGCUGCUGAUGCUGCCUAUGUAUCUUUGGAUGCUCAUUUUCUUCACUAGGCCACAUAAGGAGGAGAGAUUUUUGUUCCCAAUCUACCCACUGUUGGCCUUGUUUGGGGCUGUGAGCAUUGAUUAUUUACAGAAGCUGUGUUGUUUGUUGAUGCCUGGACAGAGGGGCCAACACUACACAACCAACACCAACUGGAUCCCCGUCUGUCUGUGUGUCCUGUUCAGUGCCCUCUCAUUCUCUCGUAUUAUUGCCCUGUAUCAGGGAUACCAUGCACCAUUAGAUAUCUAUGUAGAACUCAACAGAAUUUCCUCCGAUCCAAAAGUUCAUACUUUACCACCUGACAAGUCAGUAAAUGUUUGUGUUGGAAAAGAGUGGUAUCGUUUCCCUAGCAACUUCUUCCUCCCUGGAAACAACUGGAAUCUACAGUUUCUAAGGUCAGAGUUUAGAGGCCAACUUCCAAAGCCAUACAGUUCAGGGGAGGAUGCAACAAAAAUAAUUCCAACAGACAUGAAUGACCUCAAUAGAGAAGAAAUGUCUAGAUAUGUAAACAUUAGCAGGUGUCAUUAUCUGAUAGACCUGGACACACAGACAGACACAAAAUAUGAACCGAACUACUCCGCUAAUUCUGAGGAGUGGACUGUCCUUCACUCAGUGCCCUUCCUAGAUGCCAGCAGGUCUCAUCGACUUUUAAGGGCAUUCUACAUUCCUUUCAUCUCAUCAAGAUACUGCACCUAUGUGAAUUACAAUUUACUAAAAACUAGAAGGACUAAGAAGAAUUCUGCGCAUAGAAAUGCUUAAUUAUAUUGUAGGCAAUAAACCAAUUGUAGAUUUGGAGGAAAA